AUGCCUACAAUCCACAAAAAACUCAAACUCAACACCACCGCCGUCGACGUCGGCUGCGGCAGUGGCUGCCGGAGAAUAAACCUCUCUAAAAUCUUCAACCCAAAACCCAACAAAUACAAACGAAACCACACCCACUACUAUCCCGACAACCACCGCCGUCACCACUCAUGGAACACCACCCCCACCACCACCACCGCAACCACAUUCUCACCAAACACCUCAGACUACACGACGGUGGACGAGUCAGAAGUGAGAAGCUUGAGAGCCGUUCAAGGAUUUGGUAGGAUCGGCGGCAACAGUCUGGCGGUGGAGAAAGAUUCCGACGACCCAUAUGUGGAUUUCAGGGAAUCAAUGUUGCAGAUGAUAAUGGAGAAAGAGAUAUACGGAAGAGAAGAUCUGAGAGAACUUCUCAACUGUUUCUUGCAGCUCAAUUCUCCAUACUACCAUGGAAUCAUCAUCAGAGCCUUCACUGAAAUCUGGAACAAUGUGUUAUCUUUUAAACUCAUGCAUGGGGAUCAAUCCAUGUACACAUGA